UGGCAUCUUUGGCUUGGAUACGCCAUUGCAACAGCAUCUUCCUUCGCUGCUGUGUGUAACAAUUAAGUAAAGAAUGAGGAGGUUUGCCUACUGCAAGGUGGUUCUUGCCACUUCUCUGAUGUGGGUGCUUGUGGACGUCUUCCUGCUCUUAUACUUCAGUGAAUGUAACAAAUGUGACGACAAGAAAGAGAGAUCCCUGCUGCCUGCUCUAAGAGCGGUCAUGUCCAGAAGCCAAGAAGGACCUGGAGAGAUGGGAAAGGCAGUCCUCAUCCCCAAGGAUGAUCAGGAAAAAAUGAAAGAGCUGUUUAAAAUCAACCAGUUUAACCUUAUGGCCAGUGACAUGAUUGCAUUCAAUAGAAGUUUGCCUGAUGUAAGACUAGAGGGAUGCAAGACAAAAGUCUACCCUGAUGAACUACCAAACACAAGUGUGGUCAUAGUAUUUCAUAAUGAAGCCUGGAGCACUUUGCUUCGUACUAUUUACAGUGUUAUAAAUCGGUCUCCGCACUAUCUACUUUCUGAAAUCAUCUUAGUUGAUGAUGCCAGUGAACGAGAUUUUCUGAAGGUCCCAUUAGAGAAUUAUGUGAAAAAUUUGCAAGUACCAAUAAAAAUUAUUAGGAUGGAACAGCGGUCAGGACUGAUUCGAGCUCGGCUUAGAGGAGCAGCAGCUUCCAAAGGCCAGGUCAUAACUUUCUUGGAUGCACACUGUGAAUGUACUUUAGGUUGGCUGGAGCCCCUGCUGGCAAGAAUAAAGGAAGACAGGAAGGUGGUUGUGUGCCCAAUUAUUGAUGUGAUCAGCGACGACACUUUUGAAUAUAUGGCUGGGUCAGACAUGACUUAUGGAGGAUUUAACUGGAAACUUAAUUUUCGUUGGUAUCCUGUUCCUCAGAGAGAGAUGGACAGAAGGAAGGGAGACAGAACUUUGCCUGUGAGGACCCCUACUAUGGCUGGUGGCCUAUUUUCUAUUGACAGAAACUACUUUGAAGAGAUAGGAACUUACGAUGCAGGAAUGGAUAUCUGGGGUGGAGAAAAUCUUGAAAUGUCUUUUAGGAUCUGGCAAUGUGGAGGCUCACUAGAGAUUGUAACAUGUUCACAUGUUGGCCACGUCUUUCGAAAAGCUACACCUUAUACCUUUCCUGGUGGUACUGGGCAUGUAAUUAACAAGAAUAACAGACGACUUGCCGAGGUGUGGAUGGAUGAAUUCAAAGACUUCUUCUAUAUAAUAUCUCCAGGAGUUGUCAAAGUGGAUUAUGGAGAUGUAACGGUCAGGAAAACACUGAGAGAGACUUUAAAAUGUAAACCGUUUUCAUGGUACCUAGAAAAUGUCUAUCCUGACUCCCAGAUCCCACGAAGGUAUUUCUCCCUUGGAGAGAUCAGAAAUGUUGAAACAAACCAAUGCUUAGAUAAUAUGGGACGCAAGGAAAAUGAAAAAGUGGGUAUAUUCAACUGCCACGGCAUGGGAGGAAACCAGGUAUUUUCAUAUACUGCUGACAAGGAGAUCCGCACAGAUGAUUUAUGUUUGGAUGUCUCCAGACUCAACGGUCCUGUGAUUAUGUUAAAGUGUCACCACAUGAGAGGAAAUCAACUUUGGGAGUAUGAUGCUGAGCAACUGACCCUGAGGCACGUUAACAGCAACCAGUGUCUUGAUGAACCAUCUGAGGAUGACAAAAUGGUCCCUACCAUGAAAGACUGCAGCGAAAGCCGAUCCCAGCAGUGGCUUCUGCGUAACAUGACCUUGGGUGCCUGAAGCCAAGCGAGGGUUGCUGCCUUUCCUCAGGCCGCCUAAGGUCCUGGAGCGCUGGUACUUCACUCAUUUAGACUGAAUGAAAGGAUCUCCUCCUCCCCUUGCUAGCAGUGAAGUGAAGGGUUUUGGAGGCUCUGCGAAAAGCCCGCCUGUGAGGGAAAAAACCCACUUUUUUAUUGCUGAAAGCAUGUUUGCACUUUCCCCCUCAGACUUUUUUACUCAUUCAGCUGAACACAUAAGUGCUUCAUAUACCAUAACAUACAUUAUUAUCAAGACAUGAUAUUCAUGAGGAAAUCCAACUCAUGAAAAACUGCAGUGCUCAAC